UUGCUGCUUUCGGUACCCAGGCGGGAAGUGAGCAAAAGUGCAAAGCGGGAGGAGCCCCUAGAAGCUCCGAGGGCCGCCAGUCGCUAGCGGGGAGGCCGAGCCCGAGAAAAUGCAGGUGCCAGAGGUUGGCGGGUCGGUUUGCGCCGGGUCCGACCCUGAGGGCCUUCAGGUGCAAGGGGGCGGGGGCUCCGGGCGACUGGCCGCCGAGCCGGGGCGGGCCGGGCCGCGGGGCAUUUAAACCCGGCGGACUGCCAGCGAGGGACACGCGCCGGCUCCGCGCCCUCCGUCGGCCACCGGCUCGGCGCCCUCCGUCGGCCACCCUCUCCGCUUCGGAUACCGGCCGGGCGCGAUGCGGUCUUCCUUGGCUCCGGGUGUCUGGUUCCUGCGCAACUUCUCCAGGGACAGCUGGUUCCGAGGCUUCAUCCUGCUGCUGACCUUCUUCAUCUAUACCUGUUAUCACAUGUCCAGGAAGCCCAUCAGUGUUGUCAAGAGCCGUCUGCACCAGAACUGCUCGGAGCUGCUCAAGCCCAUCAACGACAGCGACAGCCUCAAUGACACGACAUGGUGUGACUGGGCUCCAUUUGAUAAGAACAACUACAAGGAGUUACUGGGGGCCGUGGACAACGCCUUCCUUGUGGCCUAUGCCAUCGGCAUGUUCAUCAGCGGGAUUUUUGGGGAGCGGCUCCCCCUCCGUUACUACCUUUCAGCUGGAAUGCUGCUCAGUGGCCUUUUCACCUCGCUCUUUGGCCUAGGAUAUUUCUGGAACAUCCACAUGCUCUGGUACUUUGUGCUCAUCCAGAUCUGUAACGGACUUGUCCAGACCACAGGCUGGCCCUCCGUGGUGACCUGCGUUGGCAACUGGUUCGGGAAGGGAAAGCGGGGGCUCAUCAUGGGCAUCUGGAACUCACACACAUCCGUGGGCAACAUCCUGGGCUCCCUGAUCGCUGGUGUCUGGGUCAACGAGCAGUGGGGCCUGUCCUUUGUGGUACCGGGCAUCAUCACUGCUGCCAUGGGCGUCCUCACCUUCCUCUUUCUCAUCGAAUACCCAGAAGAUGUGGACUGCACGACUCCUCAGCACCACACAAGUGAUGGGCUGGACGAGAACCAGGACAACCCUGAGGACCUUGGGAAUGGUCCCUGCAUUAACAAGGAGAGCAGUCUGGAGAGUGCGACCAGGUGCCCCAAGGAGCCAAGAGCGCAGCCUGCCGCCAUCAGCUUCCUUGGGGCGCUCCGGAUCCCGGGUGUGGUCGAGUUCUCCUUGUGCCUGCUCUUUGCCAAGCUGGUCAGCUACACCUUCCUUUACUGGCUGCCCCUCUACAUCUUCAAUGUGGCUCACUUUAGUGCCAAACAGGCUGGGGACCUGUCUACCCUCUUCGAUGUUGGUGGCAUCAUGGGUGGCAUCAUGGCAGGGCUCAUCUCGGACUACACCAACGGCAGGGCCACCACCUGCUGCGUCAUGCUCAUCUUGGCUGCCCCCAUGAUGUUCCUGUAUAACUACAUUGGCCAGAACGGGAUUACCAACUCCAUAGUAAUGCUGAUCAUCUGUGGGGCCCUGGUCAACGGCCCUUACGCACUCAUCACCACUGCGGUCUCUGCUGACCUGGGAACUCACAAGAGCCUGAAGGGCAACGCAAAGGCACUCUCCACUGUCACGGCCAUCAUCGACGGCACUGGGUCCAUAGGUGCGGCUCUGGGGCCUCUGCUAGCUGGGCUGAUUUCCCCCACAGGCUGGAACAAUGUCUUCUACAUGCUCAUCUCUGCCGACAUUCUGGCCUGCUUGCUCCUCUGCCGGUUGGUGUACAAAGAGCUCCUAGCCUGGAAGUCAUCCCUGAGCAGAGACAGAGGGUAUAAAGAGAUAUGAAGUCCUGAUUUGAAGAGAAGCACGGAGGGCCCCAGCUGAUUCCCAAAGUGCUCCCCCUACCCCCCCCCCCACGGGGGGGCAAGACAAUGGAACCGGCCACAGACGGGCUGACAGGCCGCAGAGGGGCUGGGAGGUUCUCCAGGGGAAGGGGCCUGCCAACAUGAGGGAUGCAGGACUCACGGCCCUGAGCUCUGGAAGCGCAAGCAGAAGGGUUGAGGAUCAGAGCUGAGUGGUGUCUCCAGCUUGGUAAGGGAAGGAUAUGCUCAGACUCUUGCUUGUUUAGAUUCCAAGACAGAGGCAGGGGCCUGACAUGGGCCACGGCCUGGGAAAGGUGUGUCUCUCCUUCCCAUGUGGAAAGUGAGCCUCAGUGACCAGCCUGUCCCUGUCGGUGGAUUUCUGACCCCGUUUCAGAGCUGCCCAUCCUCGCUUCCUUCCUUUGUCCAUGAGCCCGUUCUCUGGUGUAUUUCCCCAUGUUGGAACCUCUUCUACGCCGCAUUGGAUCCUCUUUCUGACUCCUGACCCGAGCCAAUUAAAGUGUUAUUGCUGAAUCCUCCGGGGCCAGGACCAGGGAGGGGCAAGGGGGGUGCCGAGGGGACGGGCGUUAGGGAGGUAUUGCUCUUGGGCCUGGGGCUGGGCCUCCCCGGAGCGUGAGGGCCUCCCUGGCCCCCGUCUCGUCGUCUCAGUCCUGUGUCCCCAGAGAAGGAGCACAUGUCCAGACAGUGCCGGGAGCGGGGCAGGCCUGACUAAAGCCACCGGUGCCAGUGACGACCCAGGGCUCACCGCACGCGAGCCCUGCUCUGGGAACGGAGUAGCCGGUGGGCGCGAAGAAGGACUUCCGCCCUGAGCACAGGGCCCAGGGUGAUGAGGCUAGCAAGAAGGCAGGCUGCUGGUUCGUUCAGGCCCGAGUGACCGGGCAGUGGCCCGAGCUCUCUGCGGCACCCCCCCCCCCCGCCUCCUCCCCUCCGUGUUCCUGCCGUUCCCCGCCCCCCCCCCCGCCCCCCGGCUCCCGGAGGGCGGCACGCCAGGCCAGCUCUUGGCAUUGCUCGCGGACCUCCGAAGCUGCCCGUCAGCACAACACAGAUCCGUGUCAAGGCUUGGCGGGCCGCGCGGGCUGUCGGCUUGUCGGCUUCCCUGAGCACAGGCUCGCGACCACGCGGGUGGCCUGCGGGGCACGGCGGGCGCUAGAGCCCCGUCCGAGGUACAGCCGUGGCGGUGGCCAGGGCAACACUGACACGGUACACACUGCCCUGGUGACAGACUGGGAAGGCUGACACUCACUCACUGGGACUUUGAAAGCAGGAGACGGUCCGGGACCUCUAGGUCCUCAGCACCC